AUGCGUAAUGUUAAUAAGACAAACGGUGAUGGCAAUACAGCUCUUCAUAAGGCAGCAGGUUCUGAUUCUCUAGAGAUUCUCAAAUAUCUAGUUGAACAUGGUGCUAAUGUUAAUCAGAAAAACGGUAAUGGCCGUACAGUUCUUUAUAACGCAGUAUAUUCUGAUUCUCUACAGAUUGUCAAAUAUUUAGUUGAGCAGGGUGCUAAUGUUAAUGAGGAAAACGAUAAUGGCAGUACAGCUCUUCACAACGCGGCAAGACGUGGUUCGCUGGAGAUUGUCAAAUAUUUAGUUGAACAGGGUGCUAAUGUUAACGAGAAAGACGGUGAUGGCGAGACAGUUCUUUAUAACGCAGUAUAUUCUGAUUCUCUAGAGAUUGUCAAAUAUUUAGUUGAACAGGGUGCUAAUGUUAAUGAGGAAAACGAUAAUGGCAGUACAGCUCUUCACCUAGCGGCAAGUGAUGGUUCUCUAGAAAUUUUCAAAUAUUUCGUUGAACAGGGUACUAAUGUUAAUGAGGAAGACGAUAAUGGCCGUACAGUUCUUCACAACGCGGCAAGACGUGGUUUGCUGGAGAUUGUCAAAUAUUUAGUUGAACAGGGUGCUAAUGUUAACGAGAAAGACGGUGAUGGCGAGACAGUUCUUUAUAACGCAGUAUAUUCUGAUUCUCUAGAGAUUGUCAAAUAUUUAGUUGAACAGGGUGCUAAUGUUAAUGAGGAAAACGAUAAUGGCAGUACAGCUCUUCACCUAGCGGCAAGUGAUGGUUCUUUAGAAAUUGUCAAAUAUUUCGUUGAACAGGGUACUAAUGUUAAUGAGGAAGACGAUAAUGGCCAUACAGUUCUUCACAACGCGGCAAGACGUGGUUCGCUGGAGAUUGUCAAAUAUUUAGUUGAACAGGGUGCUAAUGUUAACGAGAAAGACGGUGAUGGCGAGACAGUUCUUUAUAACGCAGUGUAUUCUGAUUCUCUAGAGAUUGUCAAAUAUUUCGUUGAACAGGGUGCUAAUGUUAAUGAGGAAGACGAUAAUGGCAGUACAGCUCUUCACAACGCGGCAAGACGUGGUUCGCUGGAGAUUGUCAAAUAUUUAGUUGAACAGGGUGCUAAUGUUAACGAGAAAGACGGUGAUGGCGAGACAGUUCUUUAUAACGCAGUAUAUUCUGAUUCUCUAAAGAUUGUCAAAUAUUUAGUUGAACAGGGUGCUAAUGUUAAUGAGAAAAACGAUAAUGGCAGUACAGCUCUUCACAACGCGGCAAGACGUGGUUCGCUGGAAAUUGUCAAAUAUUUCGUUCAACAGGGUAUUAAUGUUAAUGAGGAAAACGAUAAUGGCAGUACAGCUCUUCACAACGCGGCAAAACGUGGUUCGCUGGAGAUUGUUAAAUAUUUCGUUGAACAGGGUGCUAAUAUUAAUGAGAAAAACGGUGAUGGCGAGACAGCUCUUCACCUAGCGGCAAGUGAUGGUUCUCUAGAAAUUGUCAAAUAUUUCGUUGAACAGGGUACUAAUGUUAAUGAGGAAGACGAUAAUGGCAGUACAGCUCUUCACAACGCGGCAAUUCGUGGUUCGCUGGAGAUUGUCAAAUAUUUAGUUGAACAGGGUGCUAAUGUUAACGAGAAAGACGAUAAUGGCCACACAGUUCUUUAUAACGCAGUAUAUUCUGAUUCUCUAGAGAUUGUCAAAUAUUUAGUUGAACAGGGUGCUAAUGUUAAUGAGAAAAACGGUGAUGGCGUGACAGCUCUUCACAGCGCGGCAAGAUGUGGUUCGCUGAAGAUUGUCAAAUAUUUAGUUGAAGAGGGUACUAAUGUUAAUGAGAAAAACGGUGAUGGCGUGACAGCUCUUCACAGCGCGGCAAAAUGGGGUUCGCUGGAGAUUGUCAAAUAUUUAGUUGAACAUCAUGCGGAUAUAAAUUGUAAGAGCAUGAAAGAUAAAACUGCUCUUCACUAUGCUGUUGAAUUUGGCUCAUUGGAAAUGGUGGAAUAUUUUGUUGAGAAUGGCGCAAAUGUAACAAGAGAAGAACUCCAUGACGAGAAAACAGUUUUGUACCUGGCUUUUGCAACAAACAAUGAAUUUAUUUUUUACUACCUUCUCCAACAUGGAGCGAUAAAAGAUAUGCAUGUCUACGAUUAUUCUAGCCGUUCAUUUUUAAAUAUAGCAUGCUAUGAAGGCCGAACUGCUCUAGUUGAAAUAUUACUAAAGUUUAACGUGAAUAUGCGACAAGAGCUAGAACUUAUAUGUGGCAAUGAUGAAAUCAUCAAUAUGCUCAAUCUGGAGUUAAAGAAGUCUAUUAAGCAUCGUGACAGCAUUAAGAAAUUGAAAGCAUUGGACAAACAAAUGUUGACAAAGGUAAUGUAUUUUGAAGUGUUUAGGUAG